AUGGAUGUACCAUUGGAGAGCUUGAAAACUCGUUACAAGGAUGAAGAUGGCACCGUGCUCUAUGAAUCUUAUGUUCCACCUUCUCGGGACUCAAUCCACCUGCCCACCUACGUCAUCUACCUGCUCUUUGCUGUCUUCAUUGUGGUGUCUGUUCUGUAUGCCAUCAUUGGCCACCUCAUUAAAGACCUCAUCCAUGAUUUUGCAGACUGGUUGCUAGGGGGGCAGCCAGAGGAAGCUGUGGUCAACUACUGCGAGGCAAAAGACAAGUUUAUGGCUGACUGGUCUCCUGAAACCUCCCCUGAACUGGAGGCAAUGGCUCGAGCAGAGGAGAACAAGAUGAUCGACAGGGACUUUAUGAAAGCUCCAGUCAUCUGGAUCAUCUCCACAGAACCCAGCAGCACCAGGACGGGACCCAGAGUGGUUUUCGGGAAGAGGUCUUAGUCGUGUGGAAGAACGAAGAAGUAGAAAAUCAGAUCAGAGACGAGCUGUUGCAGCAUGCCCUUCGUUUUUGAUGUGAGAAUAAGAAAGCUGAAGGGUUGAAGUUUCACUGUGUGGGGCUGAAGACAUGUUAUAAGCUUUAAAAUGGUUCGUCAGGGACCUCUAGAUUCUCUUCUGGUCAUUACAGCUGAAUUCUGAUUAAAUUAACAACAAAAAAUAUGUAUCAUAAUAUAUUACAUCUACUGUUGUUUACAACAUCUAAUAGCUUCAGUCCAACGUCUCAUGUUCCAAAAAAGAUGAUCCCAUUGUAUCUGGUAAUCUUUUUUGUUUUUUUAAAUAAAACCUAAAGUGUGGAACAUAAUUUGUCAAAACGAUUAUAAACAUGGAUGUGUUCAUGCUAGUGAGUUAUGCACAAUAACAUCAGCAACCUCACCUUCUCAUAUUCACCAGCAAAUCUAUUUUUAUUAACUAUAUUUUAACUGUAAUGGUAAUAUUAGAUAGUUUAGGAAUCACUAUUGUUUCUGGAGUUUAUUUAAAUUGAUUUAAAAAAUCAAUAAUUUCUAAUAGUAUCAUCAGUAAUUAUUAUAUUUUUACAACAGCUAUUUUAAUCUACUAUAUUUCUGUAACAUUAAAUUAAAAAUUCUGCAUUAAUGUCCAUGGCAGACUCACAAAGCUAAUGAAUGACAUAUGUCAUCCAGUAGGGGUCGCUGUAGUGAAGAUAAACACCCCAAAUGAGAAACCCCAGGAACUUCCUGCCACUUCUGGAAUAUC